AUGAUUAAUAGACGAAAAGAGGCCGACGAAUCCAAUGAUAUCCCACACGCCCACAAUGAUAUCCCACACGCCCACAAUGAUAUCCCACACGCCCACAAUGAUAUCUCACACGCCCACAAUGAUAUCCCACACGCCCACAAUGAUAUCCCACACGCCCACAAUGAUAUCCCACACUCACACAAUGAUAUCCCACACGCCCACAAUGAUAUCCCACACGCCCACAAUGAUAUCCCACACGCCCACAAUGAUAUCCCACACGCCCACAAUGAUAUCCCACACGCCCACAAUGAUAUCCCACACGCCCACAAUGAUAUCCCACACGCCCACAAUGAUAUCCUACAUGCCCACAAUGAUAUCCCACACGCCCACAAUGAUAUCCCACACGCCCACAAUGAUAUCCCACACGCCCACAAUGAUAUCCAACACGCCCACAAUGAUAUCCCACACGCCCACAAUGAUAUCCCACACGCCCACAAUGAUAUCCUACAUGCCCACAAUGAUAUCCCACACGCCCACAAUGAUAUCCCACACGCCCACAAUGAUAUCCCACACGCCCACAAUGAUAUCCUACAUGCCCACAAUGAUAUCCCACACGCCCACAAUGAUAUCCCACACGCCCACAAUGAUAUCCCACACGCCUACAAUGAUAUCCCACACGCCCACAAUGAUAUCCCACACGCCCACAAUGAUAUCCUACAUGCCCACAAUUAUAUCCCACACGCCCACAAUGAUAUCCCACACGCCCACAAUGAUAUCCCACACGCCCACAAUGAUAUCCCACACGCCCACAAUGAUAUCCCACACGCCCACAAUGAUAUCCUACACGGCUACAAUGAUAUCCCACACGCCCACAAUGAUAUCCCACACGCCCACAAUGAUAUCCCACACGCCCCCAAUGAUAUCCCACACGCCCACAAUGAUAUCCCACACGCCCACAAUGAUAUCCUACAUGCCCACAAUGAUAUCCCACACGCCCACAAUGAUAUCCCACACGCCCACAAUGAUAUCCCACACGGCUACAAUGAUAUCCCACACGCCCACAAUGAUAUCCCACACGCCCACAAUGAUAUCCUACAUGCCCACAAUGAUAUCCCACACGCCCACAAUGAUAUCCCACAUGCCCACAAUGAUAUCCCACAUGCCCACAAUGAUAUCCCACACGCCCACAACGAUAUCCUACACGCCCACAUUAAUUACCAGAAUAAUAAGUAUCAGAUAGCCCCGGACUACUAA